CAUGAAAAUGAUGAAUAGAAGGGCAACCUUGGCGGGGGCCAACGUGGAGCAGGAAGGGGCUGGCUGGAAACUGGCCUACCUAAGAUAGUGGGUAUGCAGUGUAGAGGGGGAGGGGCUCAUUUGGGUGGUUGCAAGUCAGCACUGAAAAGGAGAGAAUAUUAGCAGUACUACUAGGUAGGUACUACAGUAGUGUAUGUAGCGUUAGUAUUACACUGGCAGCAUGAGGGACUGAGUACAUAGCGUACACAGUAUACGUAGUACUUGAAGUGUACUUAUGGAAGCGUGCCUGAGGCUUCUCCUACACAUGUAUAAAUGAGAGGUCAAAGUUGACACGAGUAGUUGUAGUAGUAGUUGACACGCAGAUAUACCCCAUCAUGUGACCAUUUUUUCUGGUGGGCAGAGUGACGUUUAGGUGCUUCCUGCUGGAAGAAGAAGAAGAAGAGGAAAGGGAUCCCAAGCAGGACUUGUGCUCUUAUUGUGAAAGGUGAUCUGGAGUGGCGACUCAGUCCCAAUCAUGAAGUUAUUCACGUCAAUGACCUGACGUGACCACCAGGUGGCGCCACGCCCCCACGCGUCGCUGCCGCUGGUGAUGUUGCUGAUGAUGAUGAAGAGCCGGAAGUGUUUAGAAGAGUAAAAAGUGAAAAUGUUGUGACUGGUUUGUGUGCUUGUUGCUUUUCUUCUUUAUUAUUAUUAUGCUGAUUAACAAGCAGACGGAGCCUGCCUCAGCCAAUCAGGAGGCUGGCCUCCACUCGGGCCUGCCGACGUCACACUGCAGCGCUCCAAUCAGCGCGGAGGUGUCAAACUUGGCCCCGCUGGCUGCGGGACGUCGGAACCAGAAGAUCCACUUGCAGACCUGCAACUUGUUGAAGCGCGCCGAGCGGGACCGAUCCACCCCCCCGACCCCCACCCCCACAUACGGCCCAGCUGCGGUUCUGCGCCGACAUGGACUGCUAGAAGUGGACCGUAGUCCGAAUCCGGACCAGGGUGAUGUUAGCGCUGGGUCCGAUGGAUGGGUCCCGACAGAGCAGCUUCCUACUGAGCACCCCCCCUCUGGCGGCUCUGCACAGCAUGGCCGACAUGAAGACCCCCCAGUACCCGGCCUACCCGCUCUCCUCCGCCGGGCCCACUUCGUCCACCUGCCCGGCCACCAGCUCGCCCAACCCGGGCGGCAUGGCGGCCUCGUCCCCGGGCCUCAAGUCGUCGUCCGGACUGUCCUCGGGUCUCGGCUCCCCGCAGCUGUGUUCGUCCGCGACCCCCCAUGGCAUCAACGACAUCCUCAAUCGGCCCUCCGCCUCCUCGGCCUCGGCGGGGGUCCUGAGCGCCCUGCAGCCCCGCUUCAGCAGCCUCAGCCCGCCGCCGCCACCGCCGCCGCCCGGACUCUUCUUCACCCCCACGGCCGCUGCCGCCGUGUCCCGCUACCCCAAACCCCUCACCGAACUCCAGGGCCGGACCCCCAUUUUCUGGCCGGGGGUCAUGCAGAGUCCACACUGGAGGGACGCGCGCUUCUCGUGCUCGCCCCAGCAGAGUUGUGUGUUGGACAAAGACGGGAAACGAAAACACACCAGACCAACUUUCUCUGGACAACAAAUCUUUGCUCUGGAAAAAACUUUUGAACAAACCAAAUAUUUGGCGGGACCGGAGAGGGCGCGACUCGCCUUCUCGCUCGGCAUGACGGAGAGCCAAGUCAAGGUGUGGUUCCAGAACCGGCGGACCAAAUGGCGCAAGAAGCACGCGGCCGAGAUGGCCUCCGCCAAGAAGAAGCACGACUCGGAGACGCAGAGGUUAAAGGUCAGUUCGGACCCGGACGAGGACGAGGACUACGACAAACCUUUGGACCCGGACCACGACCACCACGACCUGCUCCACAAACACACGCCCGAGCACGACAGCUCGUAAAGAGAAAAACAAACAAAAAAAAGAACGUGUUCAAGCGGAAGGACGGACUCGGCAGCACGUGACUGGUGAUUGAACUGAUCUUGUCACGUCAGCACUUUGAUCAAUAAACUUUCCUACCACGAUGACGAUGGUGAUGAUGUAAACAUUUGAU